UCGAGGCUGGCGAUGCUGAAUCACAAAGCAAGCUACAUGAAUCUAGCAGCAUCGCCUGUGCUCGAGAAGUUAUCUCGGCCGUUGCGGCUCGUCGGCGGGCGUCGCUUUCGUGCUCACAACAGGUGUGCAAAUUCGCAAAAGCGUAAACCAUCAAUAAUCAUGAAGGUCAAGUGGAAGUUUUUCGAGCGGCUGCAUCUGGACUCGCAGUAUGGUGUCCUCAAUGCCCGCUCGGCCUUCCUGGUCUGGGAGGUGUUCAAGCUCCUGGACUGGCGCGGCAAGGGAUCGCUGGACGACGUCCAGUUUGCCAGUUUCCUGACGAUGGUAACGGAUCUCAAGGAGGCCCAGGCAAUGAAAGUGUUUGAUAUUUUCGACUUGGAUCGAUCGGGAUCAGUCGAAUUUGACGAGUUCUACCUCUUGACGUGCAUCUUGGUGGCGAUAACGGACAACCAAGGAAAGCAGUUCAUGUACCAGCAUUGGCGGACGUGUUUUGAGGUGUUGGACGAAGACGGCAGCAAGGCUGUUUCGCUCAAGGAGUUUGAGACGCUUGGAUUUCUCUUCAACUUCACGCCGCACGCGAUCCGGCAGAUCUAUGGCGAGUUCGACAUCAAUGGCACCAAGGAACUCGACAACAGCGAGUUUCGUCUCUUUGUCCUGGCGGCGAUGGAUUAUCAGUCAGUGUUGGAGUCCAAGAGCAAAGAAAAGUCCAAGACCUUUCGCCAGCGAUUCUGGAUCCAGGUGCAAAAGUUCUUUGGCGUCUACAGCGAGCCGAUGAUGGCCCAGUUGCUGGAGUGAAGCACGAGACGACUCCAUAGGUAGAUGAUACACUUGCUAGGGAGCUUCAGGGCAAUCCCGAGUCACAGUCGGGUGUGUUUGUUGGUGCAUUGAUGGCCACGCAGAUACACUUUAUUCAGGGGGAAAUGAGAAACUUGCCCACAACCCAUUUGUCAGCGUAGUAUGCGAUGGCAUGCGUCUAGCUAUGCCAUAAGAAAUAGAACAGAUCACUUUGGCAGCCUCCGAG